GAGAUUGCUUGAGCGCCAUAUUGGAGUGUAACUAUUGUUAUAAAUAGGGUCGGGGCUGCUGCUAGCUGAGUUUACAUGUUUUCUUUAAGUUUGUUCUAAAAAGAGAAAGUUGUCGGUGGGUCAUGAAAGAAAUGUCAGCGACUGGUGUCAGCAUGCAUGGCGGGCAGCAGCCUCAGAAACACUAUGGCAUCACCUCGUCCAUCAGCAUGGCCUUCCCCCGGGAGAUCGACCACCAGUACACCUUCAAGCUCAGCGAGGCCAUGAAGCCCUUCGGAGUGUUUGAGGACGAAGACGAACUGAACCACAGACUUGCAGUUCUUGGGAAGUUGAAUACUUUCGUGAAGGAGUGGAUUGCAGAGAUCAGUGAAACAAAGAACCUACCACCAUCGGCAAUAACCAAUGUUGGCGGGAAAAUCUUCACCUUCGGUUCCUAUCGGCUGGGAGUUCAUACAAAAGGUGCUGAUAUUGAUGCCUUGUGUGUAUCUCCGCGACACGUGGAGAGGACUGACUUCUUCGACUCGUUCUUCGCAAAGCUCAAACAGCACGAUGAGAUCAAAGACCUACGGGCAGUUGAGGAUGCGUUUGUACCUGUGAUCAAAUUCAAGUUUGAUGGCAUUGAGAUUGACCUGCUGUUUGCACGGCUGGCUCUGCAAACCAUCCCAGACAACCUGGACCUGAGAGGGGAUUCCCAUCUGAGGAACCUGGACAUACGCUGCAUCCGAAGUCUCAACGGUUGCAGAGUGACUGAUGAGAUCCUGUACUUGGUGCCCAACAAGGAGAACUUCAGACUGACCCUGAGGGCAAUCAAGCUGUGGGCCAAACGCCGAGGGAUCUACUCCAACAUGCUGGGCUUCCUGGGCGGCGUCUCGUGGGCCAUGUUGGUCGCCCGGACCUGCCAGCUGUACCCCAAUGCUGUGGCCUCCACGCUCGUCCACAAGUUCUUCCUGGUCUUCUCCAAGUGGGAAUGGCCCAAUCCUGUGCUUUUGAAACAACCUGAAGACAGUAAUUUGAAUCUGCCUGUGUGGGACCCCAGAGUGAACCCCUCAGACAGGUAUCACCUGAUGCCCAUCAUCACCCCGGCCUAUCCCCAGCAGAACUCCACCUACAACGUCUCCACCUCCACACGCACCAUCAUGAGCGAGGAAUUCAAAUAUGGUCUCAGUGUCACCGAUGAGAUCCUGCAGGGCAAAGCAGACUGGUCCAAACUGUUUGAGCCCCCCAACUUUUUCCAGAAGUACAAGCAUUAUAUUGUUCUGACCGCAAGUGCGUCCACAGAAGAAAACCACUUGGAAUGGAUCGGCCUGGUGGAAUCUAAGAUCCGUGUUCUGGUGGGGAACCUGGAGAGGAACGAGUACAUCACACUGGCCCACGUGAACCCCCAGUCCUUCCCUGGGAACAAGGAGAGCCACAACGAGAACGAGUUUGUCUCCAUGUGGUUUAUUGGAAUCAUCUUCAAGAAGGUGGAGAACGCGGAGAGUGUCAACAUUGACUUGACCUAUGACAUCCAGUCCUUCACAGACACCGUGUACCGGCAGGCCAACAACAUCAAUAUGCUGAAGGACGGGAUGAAGAUCGAGGCCACUCACGUGAAGAAGAAGCAGCUCCACCAGUACCUUCCUGCCGAGCUGGUCCAGAAGAAGAAGAGGAGCUUAGCGGAGUUGAGCCGGAGCUCCAACGGUGGAGGCUCCAAGCGGUCGUCGCUGGACGGCAGUCACCUGGACAGCUCCAGGGACACGGACCCAGGCACACCCUUCACCUCCCCCACCCCGCUGGGCAAGCCCCCCGGCCCGGCAGACCCGGAUGGCCGGGUGACUCCUCCCAGGCCUCCAGUCCCGUUGUUUGCGGAUGGCGUCUCGCCGGUCGCCGGCGUCUCUCCGCUCCGGCCGUGCGCUCCGCAGGGCAUGUCCAUCCCUGUCAUUGGCUCCAAGCCUGUACUUGUGGCGCCCCCGGUCCCGGCCCCCCCAGCUGGCAGCUCCAUUCCCACUGUGGUCGGUCUGAGUGUGGGCCCUCGCCCCGCCGAGCCCAACCAGAACGGGGCGCCUGCCGCAGCCAAGCGGCUCCACCAACCCGCUGGGGAGGAGCUGUCCAAGAGGCUCAGAGAAACUGCGCAGCCGCUGACUGAUGACGCUGCCUUCAAGGAGACACACUCCCCAUCUGGCAACGACCAAGACCAAGGCGACGGACUCGGUGUGGGUCCUACAUCAACCAUGGUGGACCAGAACGCAGGCUUCCGGAGCAGCUCCCCCAAAGACACAAUCGGGCCGGCCGAGCCGAACCAGAACGGAGCCACCUCUGCUGCGUCCAAGAGGCCCCACUCCCCGACCGUGGAAGAGCCCCCCAGGAAGAUCAGAGACGCGGCGGAGAUGCUGGCGUCUGGUGAUGACUCUGCUUUCAAGGAGCCAUAUCCUGUCAGUUCUGAUGUCCAGGAGCCUGGAGACGGGGUGAACAUUGAAAGUCUCUGCGCCGUGAAGGCCAUGCCUAUUCCAACCAUCGACACGUCACGGACACAGAGACUGCCCAGCAUGGAACUGCCCGACGUGACGUCCCCACUGCCCCGGAACAACCACCAGCGGGUGGUGAAGAACUCCAUCAGACUAGCCCUGAACAGACACAGGUAACCCCAGGUAAAUGCCCCUACCCCCCCUCCUCACAAGGCCAGGACAUGGUUGUCUGCCACCGGGACCACACGCCUGCCAGAUCCACCAUCAAGACUACUGUGGUGAAACCAAGUGUGAGACAGCAGAUUUUAACUGUUUUCUACCCCCUCUGUCACUGGACGCUGGGCGAUGACUGCCCCCCCCCCGCCCCCCCAAUAUGGUCUUUCUGUUGUCCUUCCCAGACAAAUGUGAUGUAAGAAUGGGUCGGAGAACAGUUAGUGGAUGUAUUUUUGUUUGUUGUUAACCCCUCCCCCAUCCCGGUUGAGUUCUGUUUUAAAUCGCCUUAACGUGUUUGUGCUUGCUCCUACGCACCUCCUCACGAGCUUCAUGUUUUGGAAAAACCUAAAUUGUGUACGGUAGGUGUAGUUUGUCGUACAGAACUCAUCUUUGAAAAGAAUCACUGACGUUUAGUCUUUCUACUACUGCUGUAUUGUAGCUUUUAUUAUCGAAAAUGGAAAAAAGAAAAAACAAAAAAAUGAAUUGUUCACCCCCCCCGUUUGUAAAAAAUGCCCCCCACCCCCCCCACCACUUGGCUGUACAGAGUUUCGACCGUUUCAGUGAGAUUAUUUAGGGGGUUUACUAGGACCUGAACAACUUCACAUCCGUUACUCUGAUAAUCACAGUCAUAGGUUUCUGACCCAGUUGACUGAAGCGGUGUUCAUUCAUGUCCAGUGUGUGUGUAUAUACUCACACCCUGCGAUGGGACAACCAAUGAGCAUUCCCUAUCAGACAGCUUCAAAUUGUACCUCCAAGUUUUUGUUCGUUUUAUGCCUGUUGAACGCAUCCACGUGGUUACUUGGCCGUGUUCGUUUUCCACCUUCCUCGUUUGGACUCCUGUUAGAACAGGGUGUUGACCAAUCACCAACACUCCAGCUGAGCUCCCGGGACCUAUGUAGGGUUGGAACAAAACCCUGCUAUGGGGUGCUGUGUGCACAGCCAAGCCACUCCUGGGUGUUUGAGGUGUAGAAUUUGAAAGGUUGGGGGGGGGGGACCCAUGACCAGGCACCUCUGACUGAAGGAUUCGACAGCCUGAACCCACAUGGAACAUACCAGAUGUGAACAAUCGGUUUGGGGCGAUGUGGGAGGUCAAAAGAGUUGUCGUGUUCGUGUGUGUGUUCGUGUGUGUGUGUGUUCGUGUGUGUGUGUGUGUGUUCGUGUGUGUG